CUAUUACCAUUUACCGUUUCCUCAAUAGGUUUGCCUGGGGUGUUUAGAAGGUUGAUACUUAGCUUACCUAAUUCGUGGUAGUGAGCCUGACGCUCCCGCUCCGACACGUGAAAGCGCGAGUUGCCAGCAAGUCGGCAAAAAUUCACGAUCUUAACUUCCCUGGAGCGCGGAUUGGAUAGAAUAAUGGUGUUUAGUAAUAAGUCCUGCUAGGUUUUAGGUGCUUCUUCGGUGCUUGGAGUCUUGGACUACGUACCCCAUUAAAAGAUUGGGUAACAUAUAUGUUGGCUUAAUUAAAGGUUUUAUUAUUUUAUUUUAGAACCAUCGUUUAUACUUUAAAGUUGUCAUUAAUAAAACGUUAAGCCAGGUUAUAACUAUGUAUAUAUAGUAUUGUCCAUAUCAUCAAUUUGUAUUACACAAAGAUUUUGUAAUUGCAAUGUAAUUAGUUAACUGUCAUAACUUGAUUUUAUUAUAGACCACACAUUACAAAAGCUUUACAUCACACCAUUGUAUAACAAUCACGUAAAUUAGAGAUACAUCAUACAUUAUAAAACAGCCAUGGAGGGAGAGUUUAUUACCGUAGCGAAGUGCGGGACAACAGACUAGUCAUCAUAAUAUUGCCAUCAAGGACCACAAAGAAACUUAUGAUUUUAUUCCCAUUAGAGUGAAUUGCAAGUUUGGUCACUCAUAUUAUCUAUUUGUAACACUUUAGCCACCCUAAUCAUUUUCUCUUCAAUUUGGUGAUCAACACUACACAUUUAUGUCAUUUUUGGUCACUUGCCGUCUAUCUCCGUUAAAUAUGUCUUAGGUGGCAGUCAACUCUAACGUUUGACCGUUAAAAUGCUGAUGUGUCAAUUAAAAUAUAUAUAAAAAUUUUACUUUUUAUUUCCAUGUCAUACUAGAAUAUAAUAGAUAUUUAUUUUAUUAAAAUUAAAUUAAUAUAAAUAUAUUAAUAAAGAGAGGCCGGCGUCGUCCUCCCCUCUCCGUCCCGCACUUCGCCGCCAAUCUCCUCUAUUUCUUCCUCUCCCUGUUUUUCUUUCUAUUCCGACGAGGCAUUCCAUCAACAGGGAAGUGGAAGCAAUGAUCUCCCGGCCCCGCUUCCUACGAUUGCUGCUUCUCCGGCGACAACUGCACCCACGCCCUCAAAUCCUAAUGAACCUCACUCAGCUCCAGCUCAACAACCUCUCCGUCACUAAAGACGGUGGCAAGGCAUUCGGCCUCCUCGUCGACCUCGCCUCCGACCGAUUCUCUACUCCAAUCCUCCUCCUCAUCGGCUCAAUCGAAGGCUUGAUCGGGUGCGGCGUCCAGUGGCUCAAUCGAAAGCCUUCCUCUACCUCGCCUCAAUUCCUCUGCCUCCCGCAACCAGUCUGCGAGAUCUUGAAAGGAUUCGUCGGAUUGUCAACCGCAACCUUCACAGAUCUCUGCUCCGCCUUCUUCUCCGAAGACCCGGCGAAUUUCCUCCUCAUGCUGGCUUUAGUCCCCUUCGUGGUCUGCCUCGCCGCCAUCUUCUUCCUGCGCGAGAUCCCGCCUGCCACUACUUUGGCGGAGGGGAAGGAAGAGGGAAAGUAAUUCUCCGCUUUCAAUAUUGUCGCCGUGGUAGUCUCUUUCCUCCAGCUGGCCUACGAUUUCACCCGCAAUCCGAUCCGUAGACUCUUCCUAGGGUUCGAACUUCGAAGUCACGCUCCUCGUCUCGCCGCUCGCCUUACCGGUCGAGAAUUUGGUAAACGGAUUGAGAAUCGCCACCACUGAAGCCGACAUUGAGUGGGUGCAGGGCGCUAUUGACAAACCGCUUUUGCAUGAUUUGACGGCGGGGACAAGGCCGUUGAGGCGGAUGCGGCGGCGGCGGUGGACGCUGAUGGAGGGGAAACAACGACGAAGCCGAUGAUCGGAGAGGGUCAUACUAUGUGUGGUGGAGUCGGUGGGCUCCCUUUAUUAAUAUAUAUGAGCUUUUUAUGAAAAUAAAUAUUUAUUUAUUUU